AUGCACCGGUCUUCAGCUGAAUCUACAAAAGACGAUGUUCAUGCGCAACGGAUGGAUCUCGGAUGCCCCAUUCACGCUCAACAGAACGAAUGCACCAGCUACGUUUAUCUGGGUCGGAAACUGAAUAUGAUGAACGACCUGACUCCCUACCUGGGCAGGAGGAGACGGGCGGCUUGGGGAGCGUAUAAGAGCAUCGAGGAUGUAAUGAAGAAGUCCAGAAACACCCGGCUCCGUGCUCACCUCUUCAACACCACCAUACUUCCUGCUUUGAAAAAUGGGCAUGUCGCAAGCAGGAAGAAAACGCGGUGA